AUGCGGCCUUUGAAAUGCGCCGCGGCUGAGACACAGCAGCGCAGCACCGACACCGGCGAGCAGGCGCACGACGGGACUCCUCGUCGCGCGCGCCCAGACGGCGCCGGCCGCGCACGAAAAAGCGGCCGCCAUGAGAAGCAUGCUCGCCGCCACGGCGCUGCCGCUGCCGCUGCCGCUGCUGUCCGCAGACUUGUCCGGCGAGGAGGCGCGCCGCCACAGCAGCAGCAGCAGCGCCGUGGUCAUCCACGCGACGCUGUGCGCAGAGUGCAAGACGAGCCCAAACAAGGUGCCGCCGCGGAUCCUGUCCCGUGCGCCGAAAAUCAGCUGCGCCGCCGCGCCGCAGAUCGCCAGGAGCAGGAGAAGCUGGCUCCCGCGGGGCUGUUGUCGCGGCUGUUCCCACGGUGGUGGUAUCCUGGUGUUUGGUCGAAUGAAUGCGUGUUAGGGAACGUGUUGCAUAAUUUCGAAGCCUCUAGAAAACAGCAUGGUCAGCCCAAGUCCGACAAACCCGGCGGGGCGAAUGUCAACACCCUUUGGCUUGCCGGUGGCCGGAGUCGUGUCCGUAGGUCGCUUGAUGGGAUAUACGUGAUGAGCCACGUCGAGCUCUUCGGUCACGGUGCCUUGCUCAUUGUUGGUGCUGCUGCGAAAUCGGGUCCUUCGAUUCGUGAGAUGCCGCGUCGACUCGGCGCUCAUGAUAUGUCCCGUUUUCAGUGCGGCUUGGAAAUGCAAUGUCUGGGCCGAAUGUAUACAUGGAUGCAUCACUCUCUGGUCGUUGCCUCCAUGGCGCAUAGUCCUUGUUUCGUAGAAAUCGGGUCGCACUAUAUAAGCACCCAGAGUCGAGCAAUAUCUGCCUCACAUACACACACCCGCUAA